UUUAUUUUCAAACAAAAGGGAAAAUUAUCAAGUUUUGCAACUCAAUUUAUUCGUUGAAUCACUAGAACACAGACAAAGAAUACCUCUUCCUCUCUCUAUUGAAAGAUCAAGCGGCUUUUGCUGUAAUUAGAAAAGAAAUAUAUGAUGCAUCACUUUGUGUCCAAGGCUUCGAGGAGGGUAUUGUGUGUGGUUAGAGCUCUCAAUGGAAAUGCUUCAUGUUCUUCUAUGGCAACAAGACAUUAUUUUGGUGUAGUUCCAACUCUGCAAAGGGAUUUUGAGAAGACUCCAGUGCCUAGAAAUUUCUUUAAAUGGGGAUCGCAGGAGUUCUGCAGGAGCUUCAGCUUUGCGACUGGGUUUGCACCAUUGAAGGCAAAGCCUUUGGAGACGAUCCUUGAUGUCGAAAGGGCUAAGAUGAAAUCACCUGAAGAACUCGCUGACAUUUGGGAUGAUUUUCAUUUGGGAAGGGGUCACAUUGGUCUAUCGAUGAAAGCAAAAUUGUACCACCUAAUGGAACAAAGAGCUUCGGAUUGCCGAUAUUUUGUGAUUCCUGUGUGGAAAGGAAAUGGGUACACCACAAUGUUUGUGCAAGUUCAGAUGCCACACAUGCUUUUCACUGGUCUUGAAGAUUACAAAGCAAGAGGAACCCAAGCUGCUCCAUACAUGACAGCUUCGUAUUACAAAGAAUUUGCAGAGAGCAAGGACUUGGUGCUUGUUCGUGGCGACAUUGUCUUCACUAGCAAGCUGAGUGAUGAAGAAGCAAAGUGGCUUCUAGAGGCUGCUCAAUCAUUCUACCUGAAUGACGUCAAGUAUAAACUGGUCGAGCGUUUCAACAAACAAACUCGUGAAUUUGAGUUCAAGGAUGUUUUGCAAGCUUUAGAGAUGCCCAUAUUGUAGUCCAAGAGAAACAACCAUGGGGUUUAUUACUCCUAUUAUGAUGUGCGUACCAAAUACUGCCUUGUUACUGUUUUCCAAUCUUUAUAUCAUUGUAGUAUUUUUCUUUUGUAA